CUUGGACGCGCGUGGGUAUAAAUUAACGACAGCGUAUAUGUGUCGUCACGUUGACUCGACACUGGGGUAAACUUCCACCAUGGCUUCUAAGCUGUUUAUUUUCUUGGCUGUAUGCGUGGCAGUGCAGAGCACCGCUGCAGCUCCCGCCCCUGGCAUCAGCGACUGGUUCACCCAGGUGGGAAAAAUCUUAGAGGGCUUCUACAAUGUCAAGAAGAACAUGACGCAGCACGCCAUAGAGGGUGCCGAGAAGACGUGGCAGAGCAUGGUGGACGUCGCUCAGCAGGAGGCGCAGGAGGUCGCCUCGUGGAUACAGAACGCCUACAACGCUUCAACCACUGCCUGGAGCAGCAUUCAAGGGAAACUUCAGGAUGCCACGCAGAAGGCAGUGUCGUCCGCACAGCAAGCACUGAUCUCCGCCGGGCAGCAGAUCUCGCAAGAGGCGUCCCAGCUGGUGCAGGAAGCGGCCGCCAACCUGCAGAGCGCGGUGAGCUCCAUCCCCAGUAAGACCCAGGAGGCCUUCCAGACGGCCAUGCAGUUCGUGGAGCGUGGAGAAGCAGCCCUGCAGCAGCUCCAGCAAGCCAAGGCGAACGCCGCCAGCGCCGUCAUCCAGAGCAUCACAAAGUCGCUCCAGCAGGGCCUCCAGAACGUCAGGUCUCUGCUCAAUAAGGCGUCCGCCGAAGUCAACAAGAGCACCAGCUAAGUCAGCGACUUGUACAGCAGUAACUCCAGCUCCUGCGUACAAAGAGCUGUACUCAUGUAGCCGGUGUCGCUAAUAUUGUAUUCGUGGUGAUAAAAUAAAUCCUAUGAUCAAACAACUUGAAAAGUGGGAGUGCCUUUGAUUGAAGGCAUGAAAGGUGAACAUAUGUUACUUAAACAGUUACUCAUUCGAAAAAGAAAAUAUUAUGAGCAAACUCUGGACACGAUUUCCGAUGUUACGGUUAAGGAUUUGUUAGUAAAACUGUCGGUGAUUCGAAUAAAAAUACUGAAAGCAA